GCCCAGGUGUGGCUAAUGAGGAAAGACAAACGUUUUACCAAAGAAGAAAGGAGGAAGAGGCAUUUGUUUGGUUGAUAAUUUCUUCGGCGAUGAGAGUCGCGGUCCGAGUCCGUCCUUUGAGUAAAAGAGAAAAGCUUCUAUCUUCGAAGGUGAUAAUUCACAUGGGAGGGAACACAACAUCUGUUCAUAAGCCUGUAGCUGGGCGAGGGGAGAAACUGAAGGACAGAGGGAAAAUGUUUUCAUACGACUACUCCUUUGACUCAAUCGAUGCAGGCAGUCCCACGUUUUCAUCACAGGAAAAGAUUUUCAAGGACUUGGGCUCAGACGUUUUGAAAGCAGCAUUUGACGGUUACAAUGCUUGUGUGUUUGCAUAUGGCCAAACGGGCUCAGGAAAAUCUUACACCAUGAUGGGAAAUAAAGUGGAUAAAGGUUUAAUCCCACGCAUCUGUGAAGAAUUGUUCCUGGAGAUAUCCAACAGAAGGAGGAGUAGCAGCAUGUCAUUUCAAAUGGAGGUCAGUUAUCUGGAGAUUUACAAUGAGCGUGUACAGGACCUCCUAAAGAGGCCGCCAUGCUCAGAAGAUGGGGCCUUGAAAGUGAGAGAACACCCUACGGAUGGACCUUAUGUUGAGAAUCUAUCAAAACAUAUGGUGCUCAGUCAGAGUAAUGUGGAGAGCCUCAUCACGCUUGGGAAUGCCACCCGCACCAUCGCAAGAACCAGCAUGAAUGACUUCAGCAGUCGUUCACACACAAUCUUCACCAUCAUCGUUACCCAGGGAUGGUUUGAUGGUGAGUUGCCCCAUGAGAGGCAAAGUAAGAUCCAACUGGUGGACCUGGCUGGCAGUGAGAGAGCUGAUGGCACGCAGGCCACGGGCACCAGGUUGAAGGAAAGUGCAAACAUCAACAAAUCUCUGGUCACCUUGAGCAGUGUGAUCUCAGCUCUUGCUGACCUUGCAGUGAGUGGACAGUCUGCAAAAAAGAAGCAGAUCUUCAUUCCUUACAGAGACUCUGUGCUGACAUGGCUACUGAAAGACAGUCUUGGUGGAAACACCAGAACUACACUUAUAGCAACCAUUUCUCCUGCUGAUGUGAACUACAAGGAGACCCUAACCACUCUGCGCUUCGCCAGCCGGGCUAAAAACAUAAUAAACACCCCAACAGUGAAUGAAGACGGCAGCACCAAGGUGGUCAGAAAGCUGCAGGUUGAGGUCACCAGGCUUCGAGCACUUCUAGCUGAAGCCACUCAGGUUACUGAUGUGGAUUGGGCUACUUCUGUAAAGCAAAGGGGGAAGUUGAAAUACAAUGAAAAAAAGGUCAAAACAUUUGCCAAACAGUGGAACACUGAGUGGAGGGGUGCUUGGAGCAUUCUGGAGGAAGAAGGUGUUUCUCUGAGAAAGGAGGGGAAUAGGGUCAUCUUGGACUGCCAGUUUCCUCAUCUGAUAGGCCUCAAAGAAGACUCCCUCACAACAGGAAUCCUCUUGUAUUAUUUGAAAGAGGGAAAAACCUGGAUUCAAAAUGAAGCCUCAUGUUGUCAUGAAACUGUGCUUUCGGGACCUGAACUCCCCCGUGAACAUUGUCUGCUUGAGAACUGUGGUGGGAUUGUAACUCUCUUCCCUCAGGAUGGCACACUGUGUUCAGUUAACGGCUCUGCGGUUACACAUCCCUGUCAGCUGACUCAGGGUGCAAUUAUACAGCUAGGAGGAGGACCCAUACUGCGGUUUAACCACCCAGCUAAAGCUUCACAACUGAAAGCGAAACGGCAGAGCGGGCUGCUGUCUUCCUCUUCCCGGUCUUUGACUGACUUGUCCAAAUCUGCUGAGAUUCUAUCCGAAGUGAAGCUGCAAAACUCUGGUCAGAUGGAUGUGCUGGGUCUCGAAAGCAAGUCCGAAGACCUGAAAAUUAGUCCUGGAUCCACUCCGACAGAGAUCCAAAUUACAGCCAAUCCUGAAAGAGACCCCGUCCCUCGAACAGUUUUCCAGUCGGGCAGAGAUGCACUUCAGGGUCAAGGAAGCAUCUGGGAUGGCCAGGAGCAGGAGAGGGACUUGUGUCAUAAAUCAGGGCCAGGGCUUGUGUCUGAGAGCCCACAGAGGAUGUCUCGGAGUGGAGCUGGUGUUGCAAGUUGUGAGACAGAGAAAGUUUCAUCAGGGGAUGGCAGCCUCCAACAGACAUGUGUCCUGGGCCCCGGUGAUGGAUGUGGCAUGAAGCCAGAAGGGAAUGCUAAUGAGAUCCAAGGUGUCGACGCAGACUGCUAUAAGGGGAGACCCAACUCUGGUGGGAACUCAUUAGGCAGCAUGUCCCACCUGCAGAGUAGUGAAGGAAGUAGCUCCUUUUUGGUCCUCCCACAGACCAGCUCUUAUUCUCAGUUCAACAGAAAACCACUUAGUAGGCAGGUGGCCUGCUGUCCACUCAAAGAUGCUGCUUUCCAGAACCAGCACAGUUGUGGUGAGAUGGACGAAACUGGAAGUUUGAAGGCAAUCAAAGGACUUGCAGAAAAUCCAGUUAGAAAAUUAGGGCUGGGCUCUUUGUUUAGUAAAGUGUCCUGUAUGGUCCAUGAUGCACACAGUCUACUUAGGAGGUCUCCUGCACUUUUGCACCAGCUGACAACUGCAAAAUUACAACCUAUUAGUACCUGCUUGUCUAGCCAUGUUCUGUCUAAAGUGAAGGGCAGCCAUAUCUUCAUGAACGGAGGGAGCUUUGCUUUUUCACUUAUCAGGAGGAGUCCCAUUUUCUCUGUGAAAACUCUGCCCCUCAUACAGCACACCCAAAUGAAUACAUCUCAGCCCCUUCAGCCCAAAGAGACAGCUCUUAUGAUUCAGGACUUCAAUAAUUCCAACACCACACAACUCUCAACCCUCACACUAAGACAAAGCGUGACAGAAAAAUUGGAAGGUGAUGUGCUGGAAGUGUCUGAGGAUUUCUGCAAGAGAGAUUUGAGGUCACCAGAAAAGCAAGAUGGGAAUAAUUCUCAAAUAAAACAAGAUGAAGUUAUUUCAGAGCCUUUGAUGCCAAAAAAAAGAAGCCCUCUGUCUUACGGCAAAGGUUGCAAGAUGGAUGUUAUCCAAGCAACUGAAGAUGUAGAUCAGGCAGAAACUGUUGUUUGCAUUCAGACAUUGAUAACAUUUCCUAAUCCACUUCUGAAGCUACAGACUCUGCCACCGGGAGAUCUGAUGGGUGUUGUACAGUCAGUCUCUCGUUCAGUGCCUUCCUCCCAGAGGAUCAUAGCACUUCACUGGUUGAACGUAGCCAAAUGUAGUCAACUUGAUCCACAGCCUGGCCUCUUGAUUGUUACAAAAACAGAUCUCUACACACUGACUGCCAACUCUGGGGCCCUGGUCUUGUUCCAUCACCUCCCUUUGUUGCAGCUGAGGGACGUACUGAUAGGCUUUGCUGGCCAAAGUUUACGUUUAAUAGGCACUACAAAGGAAAGCAUUCUGGGUGUUUAUACCCACAACCAGAAGCAAACCAAAGAGCUGUGCUGGAACAUAGUAAGUGUUGUCUGUUCUGGGGACAGCAGGGACCACCAGUACCAAUUGCUGCAUGAUAACUUGAUGGAUUUGUCCCUAGACUGUAAGGUCCAUGUGCCCGACAUGCAGCUGGACUCUGGUUUAAGGCUUUACUGUCGAUUUCAGAAAAGUCUUAUUGAUCUGCUUCAUCUUAUUCAUCGUAAUAUCAAUCAAGCGACAGUCGCUCUUGGAGAGUUGCAGCUAUUGAUGUACACCAGUGUGGCUGUGCACCUGAGUUGCCACGUUCAUAGUGAACAAAUUGCCCAGUUCUUUCUCACAGAUACCCAUUUUGGUCUGGUAAGGGAGGAUGUUGUGUUUCCAAAAACAAUAUUUUCUCAGUUUGAUGUCUUAGCUCUUUGUCGUUGCUCAGAUGUGCGCUGUGUACUGAUGCAUGAUGAAGAGAGCAGCGGAUCUGUCAUGGUGGAUGUAAUCGUUGCCAAAGUAAAGGCCAAAGGCCACCCUGAAAGCAUGACGAAGCCAGAUACCCUGUCUGAACAUCCUUUCAAUUCAUCUCCGCACACAGAAGUGUGGAAAUUAACUUUCAGUUGCUCCACAGAGGCCACCUGCCUGAUUAAUCACUUGUCAAAUGUCUGAUCAAGGACUAAACAGUCUGUAAUGAACAGCCCAGCCUGAAAUCUCUCACUGGGAACAGUGGCAAAAAGUGCAUUUUAACCAGACACUAUAAAGGGUGACUUCUCUAUUAAAUGACUGUGCUUUAAUUUUUGUCGCAUUGUCACAUGCCUUUUUCACUCUGAAUUUUAUCUUUAAAACACCUGAAUUUCUUUGUUAUAAUCUUCACUGCUGUAUUUGGUUUAGUUGUGCUUUAGAUAAUUGAGGUUUCAUAUUUUGUUCUUGAGAAUUAAACAUCUGACAGGUAAUGGGUAUGUAUAUAUAUAAUGUAUUUUACUAAAAAGGAAAUGAUUAAU